UGCAAAAUUCUACUUCGCCUCCCCUCACGAUUGAUAAUCAUCUGUCGAGCUUUCGCACGGUCCGGGCCGACGAGAUACGUCGAGAUCGCCCGUUUACUUGGAGUGGAUAGGUUUUUUUUUUCCAAAAGUGAAAGGGGUUCUUGCUUGCUUGGAUAGUUACAUUUUCGAGGUAGCUCUGGGUUAUGGCGGACCUGGGGGCCCAGCAGGGCCGGAACUACCGGCCAAAUCCUUAUGGACAUGCUUCAUCCUUUCAGCGUGAUGCCGCAUUCACUGAUAUCUUCGGUGGCGCGCCACCACCUGGACGGUCCCAGACGAUGACAUCCCAGACACCGCAGUUUUCGCAGGAUCGAGCACACACCAUGUCCUCCCAUGUGCCCCAUCCCCAGAUGCAGAGGGGUCCCGCACCGCCAGUGCGACAGAUGCCAAAUGGAUAUGGAUAUCCAACGACCAACGGGUAUGCCCAGCCAAGGCAGCCCAACGGUCCGAUGGCACCUCAGCCUCCUUCACAGGGUAUGCCACCACCUUUCUCGGGACGUUCUGCAUGGCCACAGCCCCAACGAAUGGAUUCAAGACCUGGCCAGGUAUCCCAAUAUCCGAAUCCGAUGCAAUCGGCGCGAGGGUACGCUCCUGGCCCCGCCCUGAACUCCGAUCCUACGCGAUCCAGCUCAUUAGCAAUGGCGAGAAUGGGCGGUCCUCCGUUACACCAGCCGCAAACAAGUGGCUUCAAUCACACGUCUGCAGUUUAUUCUCGGCACAAUAUAUAUAACUCUACAGUGCCAAGGACCCCACAGGGACGACCUGUUCCGGAGAGGCAUGCAAAUGAGCAUACAAUGUCACUGAGUUCUUACAACGCUGAUCGUGAUCAUGCACAUACAACCAUCACGGGAAGGGUAAUUCCAAAUCGGCGACCACCUUCAGGUCCAGAACCUGCCCCGCCAAUUGCCAAUGAGAAAGACAGCUACAACAGCCAGGACAGGGAACCAGGGGCACGACGUCCCAGUGAGGCUUCGUUGAGCUCGAGAACGAUGUCUAUGGCGUCUACCAUCAUUCCGGAUCGAACUAUGAGCAUGCAAAGCACCAGAAUGCAGAAAUCCGGCAGCCAACAGACUGCUGUCAACUUUCCACCUCGGCCCCGAGCGCCUUUGGUCUACCCCGCUUUGCUUUCUCGCGUGGCUGAUGUGUUCCGUGAGAGGGUACCUGUAGGGUUGCGCCAGAAGAACGGUCUGUCUUAUCAGAAUGCGUUCUCUGGUAUAGAGGCUGUCGAUACGAUCUCGUAUAUCAUUAAGACUACCGAUAGAAACCUCGCCCUUCUUCUAGGGCGUGCGCUCGAUGCCCAGAAGUUCUUCCACGAUGUUACAUAUGAUCAUCGCCUCCGAGACGCCCCCGGUGAGAUCUACCAGUUUAGGGAGACCAUGGGAGAAGAGGCACCUAGCUCUGAUGUCAACGGUGUAUUUACCCUGCUGACCGAGUGCUACUCGCCUACUUGCACGCGUGAUAAUUUGUGCUAUUCGAUCGCUUGUCCACGACGACUUGAACAGCAGGCCCGGCUCAACCUCAAACCGCAGCCUGGUCUCCGGUCGUCAGCUUCCAAAGGCAGUCUCCACGACAAUGACGAUAAUGAUGACCAGAAACUCUGGAUCAAUAUGGUUCCGAAAGAAGUUUCCGACAGUAUCGAUGACAGGGAGAAGAAACGGCAGGAAAUUAUCUUCGAGAUCAUGUAUACGGAGCGCGACUUCGUCAAGGAUCUGGAAUAUUUGCGGGAUUUCUGGAUGAGACCCUUACGCUCUGCGGGUAACACGACACUUUCGCCCAUUCCUGAGCAUCGACGAGAGAAAUUUAUCCGCACAGUCUUUGGGAACUGCUUGGAGGUCCUCAAAGUUAACUCAGGGCUAUGCGAAGCCCUCAAUGCGAGACAGAAGGAAAGCCAUGUCGUUAAGACUGUCGGAGACAUAUUUCUUCAGCAUGUUCCUCGCUUUGAUCCGUUCAUAAAGUACGGUGCGAAUCAGCUGUAUGGAAAGUACGAGUUCGAGAAAGAAAAGGCUUCGAACCCAGCCUUUGCGCGCUUCGUUGAGGAGACCGAACGACUAAAGGAGUCUCGAAAGCUAGAACUGAAUGGAUAUUUGACCAAACCUACAACCCGUUUGGCGCGAUAUCCUCUUCUGCUUGAAAACGUACUGAAGUACACUGCAGACGAUAGCCCGGAUAAGCAGGAUAUUCCGAAAGCAAUAGGUAUCAUCAAGGAUUUUCUGUCCAAGGUCAAUGCGGAGAGUGGUAAAGCCGAGAACCAUUUCAACCUGGUUCAGCUCAACUCGGCACUGAAAUUUGCACCUGGCGACUAUGUCGAUCUCAAGCUCACAGAAGAAAACCGCCAGUUGCUCACGAAGAUGGCAUUCAAGAAGAGUCCGACUGAUAGUUCCGAGGUCACUGCAUAUCUCUUCGAUCAUGCGGUACUGCUCGUUCGAAUAAAGGUUGUCAAUAAGCGUGAGGAGUACAGGGUCUAUAAGAAGCCAAUUCCGCUGGAGCUCCUCGUCAUCACACAGAUGGACGAGGUGAUCCCAAGACUGGGCAUUGCCAAGCGGCCUUCUUCGAGUCUUAUCGGCAACAAAGCUGUGAACAAUCCUCCCUCCUCGAGGGACGGCUUGCCGAUUACUUUCAGGCAUCUUGGGAAAGGCGGCUAUGAUCAGACGCUUUACGCUACGUCACAGACGCAACGACAGAAGUUUAUUGAGAUGGUGGAACAGCAACAAAGGAAACUGCGCGAACGGAAUAGCAACUUCUAUUCAAAGUCUAUACUUUGCCAGAACUUCUUCACUGCUGUGAAUCGGGUAAACUGUCUUGUACCGAUUGACGGUGGCCGCAAACUGGUUUAUGGUACCGACAGCGGUAUCUACCUGUCAGAUCGAUGGCCAAAGGACAAGAAUGCAAAGCCAAGGCGGGUCUUGGAUGCCAGUGGAGUUACGCAAAUAGACACUCUCGAGGAGUAUCAGCUUCUUCUUGUACUUUCGAACAAGACGCUCAGUUCCUACCCUAUGGAGGCCUUGGAGGUGACGGAAGGGCAGAACCCCCUCGCCCGACGACCGAAGAAGAUCCAAGGACAUGCCAACUUCUUCAAAGCUGGUAUUGGUCUCGGUCGCCACCUUGUUUGCUCUGUGAAGACCUCAGCACUAUCGACAACAAUAAAGGUCUUUGAGCCAAUGGACAACCUCGCCAAGGGUAAGAAGAAGCCAGCUCUGAGUAAGAUGUUCCAAGGUGGACAGGACACAUUGAAGCCUUUCAAGGAAUAUUACAUCCCAGCGGAAUCGUCUUCUGUCCACUUCCUCCGAUCUACCCUGUGUGUGGGCUGCGCUCGUGGCUUUGAGGUUGUCAGCCUUGAGACUACCGAGAGUCAGUCGCUGCUCGAUCAAGCUGACACUUCUCUUGACUUUGUCGCCCGCAAAGAAAAUGUUAAGCCCAUCCAUAUCGAGAGAAUGAACGGCGAGUUCCUUCUCAACUAUAGUGACUUCUCCUUCUUUGUCAACCGGAAUGGAUGGCGUGCACGUCCAGACUGGAGGAUCUCCUGGGAAGGAAAUCCUAACGCUUUUGCGCUUUCGUAUCCUUAUAUCCUUGCUUUUGAGCCGAACUUUAUCGAAAUCAGACAUAUCGAGACCAGUGAGCUUAUUCACAUAAUGACUGGGCGGAACAUUCGAAUGUUGCAUUCAUCGACGAGAGAGAUUUUGUAUGCCUAUGAAGAUGAAGCGGGCGAAGAUGUGGUUGCAAGUCUGGACUUCUGGAAUAAGCCGCAGCACUGAGCCUCGAGAACGGAAGAGACGAGAGAUGCCUCUAAUCUCAGCUGCCCUGUUCAGCUCUGAAGUAGCCUCUUGUCGGGUAACUCCCCUUUCAAUUCUGCGAUGCUGGUCACGGUUUCUCUUCGAGAACAGCUGUCUUUAGCAAUUUUUUAAUAAUCUCCUUUACCGAUCUCGUUCUAGGCCAGCGGUGUCCCCCUUCUUCGUCUCUUGUU